AUGGGGGGGAGUAUAACCCCCGUGGGAGCGGAUGAGGUGGACGGGGAGGGAGUGCGGUAUGAGGUGGUGGGAGGUGGGUUCUACGGGAUGGACGGGGAUGAGACGGGGAGUGAGAGCGGUAGGGACACGCCUGGGUCCGCUCGUGCUGGUCUAGACGGGCUUGGCUGUCAGCCAGAACGUGAAUCAGUCAAGCUUAGCAUGGCGGGGGAGGUGGGGAUGGUGCGGUUUGGCGACCUGUUUGAUGCGCGCAUGCCUGUGGACGUGCAGGAGAACGCCACUGAGUUCCUGCUCAGGCAUGUGGUGGCGGGGGAGAAACUCAUGCGGCGAGAGAUAUCCUUCAUCCGCUGCCCCGAGCCGGCAGGCCCCAGGGUGGCAACAGGAGCAGAGCUGCUGAGGGUGACACCAGACGUGCGCCGAUACGCCCAGGAGGUUUCCCGCAUGCGCCAAGCCACUGGCUGGACUCCCCAGCAGGGAGGGAAUUCCAAUUCCAAUUCCCAGGAAGUGGUGAAUUCCCAAGGGUGGGAUUCCCAGGGAUCCGCCAGCAGUAACAGCACGAGGGUGGAGAGCGGUGCAGACCGGUACGGGCACUGGACGGCGCGGCUGCAGCUGUACACUGUGCGGGGGCUGGAGCUGCCGGACUUUGCGGACCGGCGCGUGGCAUGCCGGUACGAGGAGGAGGUGCGGGCGUGCCUGGGGAAGCUACAGCCGUCCGAUGCAGUCCUCGAUCUGAUUCGCCAGGAGGAAGAGGAGGGUGGAGAGGGGGAGGAGCAGAGGGAAGGGGGGGAAGGGAGGGGUGAAGGGGCGGAAGGGGCGGGUGGUGAGGAGAAUGGAAGUGAGGGGAGGGAACAGGAGGAGGGUUCACGGGGGCGGGGAGUGGGGGAGAAGCGGGAUGGCAGCAGCAUCGGGGAGAUUGUUGCACGGAGCACAGCAGUUUAUCUGGAGACGCUCAUCUCAGCCUUCCAUCCGCUCCGCCGGCCGUACGUCCUCAGGCUGACACGUCGGCGCCAGCUGGCAUGCCCGUCACCACCCCCUCUCGCCCUGCGCCCCGAGCGGGGAUCGUUGAGGUGUGAGGAGCAGAUGGGGAUGCGAGGAAUCAAGUACAGGCGGGUGGGAUGGCGAACGCAGGGGGCAGCAAGAAGGGGAACGGAAGGGGGAGACAGGGAGGUAAUGCAGGGUGCACAGGGCGCACAGGGCGCACAGGGGGCUCAGGGCACACAGGGAGCAGAGGGAGCACAGGGCGCACAGGGAACACAGGGAGGACAGCAGCAAGACUCGCUACUAAAGCUGCCCCAGCAGCAGCAGGUGCGGUUUGUUGACCCACCGAGAGCAGCAGGGCAGGGCGUGGCUCUGGACCUGAGAGUGGUCAGUGCGGCAGGCACGGGUGCUCAGGGGACUGACGGAGGCUUGCAGGGAGGGUUCGGGCAGGGAGGGGGUUCACAGGGAAGGGACGGGCAAGGGAUGGGUGGGCAAGGAGGGGGCGGGCAGAAGAGCCAGUACUGGGCGAUGAAGCAGCGGCUGAAGCAGCUGGCGCAGGAGAGGCAGCGGAGGAGAGGCGGCCGUGGGGGGGACAAUGCAGGGGGCGCUCUUGAGGGCUCUGGCAGUGGGGUGUCCAACAGGCAAAGGCUUUUGGCUGCUGAGUCUGCGACUUUGGAAACGUCUCGAAAGCCGGGGGGCGUUAUUGGGGGCUAUGGCAGUGGGGUGCCAAACAGGAGAAGACUUUUGGGUGCUGACCCAGCGCUGACGUGGCGGCAGCUGGCGGAGCUGCAGGAGGAAGAGGCGACUCGGAAGGCAGGGGCGUCAAAGCGGAGAGAUGACCGGCUGUGUGCGCGACUGAGGCUGGCGGAGCUGUAUUGGCUGUCACGAGCGCAGGCGGUGAUUAAUCUGUACCGCAGCACAGCUGCCGACUUCAUCCGCGCCCAGAUGGCCUUCCGCCUCCACCACACUUCCACCUCCUCCUCCUCCACCACUGCCACCACCACUCUUGGGGAGGGCGGGAGCCUGGAUGAUACACGUGCCACCAGCGCUGCCGGUGGCGGUACUCGGAGGGGUGACGAGCUGAGCGUGUGCCAAGCGCCCCCACUGCCGCCUGUCAUCAAGAGCCGUGCAGCGCGGCACAUGAUUGUCGAUGAGCGUCUCAAGGCGGUGUACUGCUACAUCCCCAAGGCAGCCUGCACGAGCUGGAAGCUGUGGUUCCAGCAGCAGCGCGGCCGCACCUCCUCUCAUGACGUGGAGCAUGUACACGAUGCUGACGCCAGUGGCCUGGACGAGCUCUGGCACGCAUUCACAGAGAGCGAGGCCAUUCGUGUGCUGACCCGCCCUGACAUGUUCCGCUUCACCUUUGUGCGCAACCCCUUCUCCCGUGUCGCCUCUGCGUACCUCAACAAGCAUGUCGCCUGGGCUGACCCCAAGGACCGCCUUGACUGGAACAAGAGAUUCUUCGGGUGGAAGGGCGCCAGGCUGCUGCAGAUAGCGCCAGAGGGAGCGGAUUACAACAUGACCUUCGCCACCUUCGUCACUCUCGCCCUCGCCACUGUCAGACAACACCGCGCCGACAUGGAGCCCCACAUCGCACCGCAGGUGGAUGUGUGUGACCUAGAGAGCAUCAAGUACGAUUUUGUGGGGAGAUUCGAGCAGCUAGAGGAAGGGGUGGAGAAUGUGAUGAAUCAUCUGGGGGCUUCGCCCUUGAAAGCCUUUGGGGUGGGCAAGGAGGCUCAUCGUACCGAUGCUGACACACGCCUUCGAGAACUAUACACAAAGCCGUUGUCAAGCGAGCGUUCGCCACCAGAAACUGCCGUUGCGAAGAGGGAUAUUCGUGGUUACCCAAAUCAGCGUCCUGCCGAGGAUCUCUGGUUUAACGAUAUGGAGGGGUUCGAUUAUGAGGGCGAUGCUGGAGUCGAGCAGCAGAAUGCACCUGCUUCUGACUUCCAGUCGUACAACGGUGUAGGAGAACAGCAAGAAGAAGCUGCUGGCGGAUAUGCUCCCCCUGUAGAGGAAAACGGCACCUUUGACGGCGGAGCGAAACUUCCUCCGCCCUCACAGAUGGGGUCCGAGGAGUCGAUUCUGCUAAGGGAGUGGAGGCGGAAGAAGGCCAUUGAGCUUGAAGAGAAGGCUCGUAUUUCAAGAGAGAAGCAUCAACAGGUGCUGGAUGACGCGAAAGCCGAGCUUGAAGCAUUUUACAAGAAGCGCGAGAUGCAAGUCACACAGGCCAAGACGAACAACAGGGAGAAGGAGAAGGCAUAUGUGGACAACCUCUUGAGUCUCAACUCUAAGCAGGGUGGGAACUACUGGGAGAGUGUGUGUGCCUUCACAAACUUUGAUGUAUCCAUCAAGAAGGAGAAGGCGAAGAAGAAGGACGAGCCUACUCGCAUGUCAACUCAGCUUAACGAUGCUAAACCUGGCAAGCACACCGAUCUAGCCCGCAUGCGCCAGGUGUUACUGAAGCUGAAGCACAAUCCUCCCCCAGCCUUUGCAGCUGCUGGCAGUACAGCUGAUGCUCCAGCUGCUGCCGCUACCACAUCUUCCAAGUCGUCGAAGUCCACAAAGGCAGCCAUGAAGUAG